GUGACGGCGGACGAGGGCAAGGUGGUGACGUGUGGUGGUGACGGGGUGGUGAUGGUGUGGCGGGUGGCGGAGCUCACUGACAAGUCCCCGGGGUUCGUGGCCGCCAGGGACAGGCUCCACGACCUCCCGCUGGUCCCUGAGAUGCUCGUCUCUCGCUCUGACCUCCAGAACACCAAGGAUCACGUGGAGGAGCUGGAGCGACGGGUGUCCUACCUGGCCAGGGACAAGGAGGUCCACCUCAACCUCCAGCAGCAAGAGUUCUCCUCUAGCAGGGACGCCCUCGUCGCCCGCUACCAGGCCAUCGUCGACCAGAUGAACGACACCAUACAGAGGCUGGAGAAGGAGCGAGAGAGCCUGAAGGAGAGCCAGAAGGAGGCAGUGUCUCAGCUCAAGUACGAGCACCAGGGGGUCUUGGCCGAGCACCAGCAGGAGCUGAGAAAGAAGCUCCUCUACGAGUACUCCAAGCAUGACAAGCUCGAGGCUAAGCUCAAGGAGAUGCAGCGGACCCUUGACAGACAAGUGGGAGAAGCAGUGCAGAGAACGAAGAAGGAGCUACAGGAGCGUCUGGAUCAACAGGAGUCAGUGAUGCAACAGCUCAAGACGGACCUAGAGAAGACGAGCUCGGAGCUAGAGCGAGAACGCAGUGAAGGGGCGGAGAUCGUUCGCCUGGUGGAGGCGUCGACGGAGGCGGAGCUGGGGCAGGUGCGGGCCAGCCUCCACACCCAGCUGGCUGAGGAACACCAGAACGUCAUCAAACUGCGCAGCGAGAAGGCCGCCCUCAGGAAGAACUACGUCACCAUGCAGAGGGAGUGUGAGCAGAAGGACGGCGAGGUGAAGGCUCUGGGGGAGGAGAAGGCCAAGCUGCAGUCGACCAUCCGGGGCCUGGAGCGGGAGCUGGCUGCUCUCAGGAAGGAGGUCAAUCACAGAGACGAUAUCAUCCGUGAUAGGGAGAACAAGAUCAGUAACACGAGAGAACGUGUCAGUGAGCUGGAGAAGCAGCGGUUCCUCCUCGACCAUCAGCUGGGCCAACUCAAGGAAGAGCUUGACCCACUGCAGACGGCGCUCGAGCAGCGAGCUCAACAAAUCAAGCAGCUGGAGGAGGAGAUGAACGAGACGCAGUUGGUGGUGGGCGGGAGAGACCGUCAGGUGAAGGAGCUGGGGCAGCGGCUGGUGACGGCGGCGCAGCAGGGGCGGACCCUCCAGCAGCGCCACCAUAUCCUCGCCACAGACCUCACCCGCGUCUUGGCCGAUCUCGCCAGCGCCGCCCAACUCCUCCACCAGCCCAAGAAGCUCAAGGAAGCUGUGAGGGCACUCAAUGACAAAUACGUCCGUAGCGGACGGCACAAGGAGUUCUGGACCAGACCUGACCUUGACAAGGUGACCCAGGUCCCCGUUGAUCCCUUAGCCCAGGGGGGAGGAGAGGACAUGCCCGGAGAGGUGAAGGAGGCGGUGCCGGAGCUACUGCGCCAGCGAGAGAUGCUGGAACGCUCCGUGGCCACUCUCCGGGCGCAGGCGCAGAAGCAGGAACGCGCGCACAAGGAUAAAGUUACUUCGCUUGUAAAGGAGAACAGUGAGCUGCUGGUGUCGGUGCGGACGCUGGAGGACAAGGUAUGGAGGCUGGAGGAGGCGGUGCGGCAGGCAGAGAGUCUGGCAGGACUGAGGGACCCCCGCUCCGGUAGGCGACGGGCUUCUAGGGACCAGCUGGUGCAGACGGUGACGAGGCAGGCGGACACCAUAGCCCGCCUGCAGGAGCAGCUCAGGGCCGUUCAGGGACAAAGUGGGGCUGGUGAAGCGGGCGCAGGAGUGGCUGUAGGGGACGGCGUCCUCAGCCCGGGCCGCCCGCACCAGCAGGAGCCAGUGGGCGGGGAAGUAGUGACAGACCUCCCCAAGCACGUCAUCCUGCCUCCCACACCUCCCACCAACCACAACCUCAACGCCCUCUCACUCACACACUGACGUUUGCCUGUGGUAUACUGACGUUUG